CAAAUGCAUAGGGUGUCUGAAAACUUUUUCCCGUAAAGUAUUACCUUGUGACUGGUCUAUACUAUUUAUAUGUAUUUAUAUAUAUCUAUAUAAAUAUAAUAAUCCGAAAAUAAAAUUGAUGUUCAAAUAUUUCAUACAAUUUUGAAUACAUUUUCUCAGUGCAGAGUCUCCUCCUUGCAGCUUCCGUCUCCAUCAACAGCUCCAUGGCAACUGGCUAUAACCCGUUUCCCGCGUAAAUCCCCUUCCUUAUAUGGAUAUUGCUACGCGCCACGCAGAGAGACGUCACGGUUGUAUGCAAAUCCCGGCCGAUUGAAUAAAAUCAGAAAAUGGCGCAGGCGUGAACGUCUCUACUACAGCCACACUGUCAGCGUCAAGCUACUUAGAGAUAGGCGUCACACGAGGAGAAGUUGAAUUGUCGGCUUUCCACAAUAAUCUAUCUAAUUAAAUGAAAACAAGAACAAAAGGCGUUCUGGUGGGGAGAGCUUUUAAUUUGAAACAUCCAAGCGGAAGCGCCUCUUGUUAAUCCCGUGUCUUGACUCCUCGGCGGGUAACAUUAGAGCUUCGGGUCCGCAUCGACGUUGUAACACGUUACAUGAGAGACACUUCUUCGUCCUCUAAAAAAAAAGACCUUUCUGGACGCCUAUGGAACAAGUGUGAGUCCCUCGGCUUUUCACUUUGAAGCAAGAUGUUUGGCUUCCACAAGCCGAAGAUGUACCGCAGCAUCGAUGGCUGCUGCAUCUGCAGAGCCAAGUCUUCCAGCUCCCGCUUCACCGACAGCAAACGCUACGAGAGCGACUUCAAGAGCUGCUUCGGGUUAGGUGAGGUGCGUUGCGGGGACAUCUGUAAUGCCUGUGUCCUCCUGGUCAAGAGAUGGAAAAAACUUCCUGUGGGAUCCAAGAAGAACUGGAAUCAUGUUGUUGAUGCAAAAGCCGGAUCGAGCAUGAAGGCCACACUGAGGACAAAGAAGAUAAAGAAGAAGGUGCGACCGAGCCAGUUUAGUCGGGUGAAGAGUGAACUGAAGACAAACAACUCAGACGCCCACAGCACCACCUCCAGUGCCUCGCCCGCCCAGUCUCCCAGCUAUAGCAACCAGUCAGAUGAGGGCUCAGACACGGAGCUCUCUCCUGGAGCCGCACCGUCACCAGCCUUCUCUUUCCUGGACCUCACGUACUGGAAAAGGCAGAAGGUGUGCUGUGGCAUAGUGUACAAGGGACGCUAUGGAGAAGUCAUCAUUGACCCCCACCUGUACAAGCCCUGCUGUCAGAGGAAACCUAAACUGCACCAGCCGCAGGAACAAGAUGGGGAGCUGGGGGACCAGGAGGAAGAGGAAGAGGAGGAGGAAGAGGAAGAAGAAGAAGAGGGGGUGCAUGGGAAAAAUGCGUCCAGCAUUUCUCCAGGCCCCAUUCAGAAAGAAGAAGAGGAAGAGAUGGAGGAUGAGGACAGUGGUGACAGCACAGGGUUGGUAUAUUCUCCAAUGAUGGACAAAGAAAUCGUACAACAGUGAUGUGUAGGACUCAGAAAAACCCUACACAGAUGGUCCAGACCUGCUCCUGCUGUCCUGUCAGACAUGGCUGUGCUGGAUAUUCAGAUGGGUUCUGUCCUCAGUGUCUUGGCUUGCCAUGAGAUUCUUUUUGUAAAUAUUUUUGUUGUUCUGUUUGUAAUGCUGGAUCAACUAUGGUUGCAUGGAAACACGGACACCUCUGGUAUUCAUCCUUUACUGUUAGGACGGAGCCAUAUAGUGGAACAUCCACUCUUUGCCUUUCCUCUCCUUUACUCAGAAAGCUGUUUGUCAAACUUCUUCCUAUCGAGAUGUGGGAUGUGUUUUUUUCUUUUUUUUUUCUGAAAAAAGAUUUCUGGCUUUCUAUGUAGCAGGUUUAUAUACUGUACAUCUCCAUUUUUCUAGUGAUGAGCUCCUACGUAGCUACUGUGGCUAGAGACAGAAUGUCCGGACACAUUACUCCACGUCAUCAACUGUCAACAGGAAAAUCUCUUUUUUUCAAACGGUUCAGUUUAAACAGGAAUUAAAAUGCAAACCCCAGUUCAUGUUCAACCACUGCCUCAUUAAGGGACAUGGACCAGGUCUUACCUUUUGUCCAUUUUUGUUCAGUGGAGUUGAAUUCUAAAUGCUUCCUUGCUUUUUCUCAGAUGGUUGGCCAUCUUUAUUUUCACCAUAGCCUACAGAAGAGAUUCCCAGGGCCUGAUGAACAGUGCAUUGCUUCAACAAGUUUGAAUGUCACCAACCUUUUGACACUAGUUUAAAAUUCACAUUACAAGUGACCUGCCUACUGAACAUGAAGUUCAGUUUACUCAAGACACAUGGAGUACUGUAUUAGUCUAACAGGAGGUUAUGCAAACACAGUUACUAUGAUGUUUCCUUCCACUAUGAACUCUUGGACCUCCUCAAACCAAAAAAAAAAAAGUUCAGUUAUAGUUUUUCACUUCAGAAUUUUGCUAAUCUAAGUUAUCAUGUGAAAUCCUGUACACACUGAAAACACACAGAAAUUGAAUAUCAACAGUAAAGAGUAUUUUUUAAAGCUGAUACUGGUCCUUUGAAGUACUAUAGUGGAGCAGUGCAUCCUUACCAUAAAAGGAAAGUGAGCUUUCUUUGUUGUACAUAGUACUUGUGUAUUUGUGAAGUCUGUAAAUAAUGAAUGAAUGAAAAUUCCUUGCGUCAUUGCUACAGUGGACAGAUUCAUGGUGCACAUACUGUAUAUAGGAAGCACAAAUGAAUAUUCAGGGAGGCUCAGAGACACGCAGUAAACCAUUAUAAGCUAAAUCAACCCUCAGGAAGGCUGUGACACAGAAUGAAACAGUGGGACCUCUCUCCAGCAGCUUUCUCUUAUUCCAAUGAUAUGCCAGUUUAUGAUUAACAGUUGAGUUUUAGUCUGGGAUCUUUAAAGGAAUGUUCUUUGGCUGUUAGUGAAUCUUAUAUUUAACGCUAAGAGUAUUUUGCAUGAGACUGUCACACGUUUUUGGCUAAAUUUGCCUCGUUGGUGUGAUCUUGUACAGCUUCUAAAUAUAUAUAUUUUGUAUAUAAAGGAACAUGAGAGAUUUAAUGUCCUCCAUUUGCAUCAUGUCACAGAGCUUUGAUUAUAAGUACAGAAUUAAAGCUCCAGUGAGUGUCCAGUCAGAUUUCAGAUGAAGGACAUUACCAUUUCCUCUGACAGCAGCAUGUUUUGAAACUAACUGGUGUCACAAGGUAGUUUUAUAAAUUAUCUGGGCUCAAUUUAGGUGUCUGUAACAAGACUUCAUGUCCAGAGACGGUUUACCAAAGUUAGCUUCAGCAAAACCCACAGCAGUGACCUAUGGAACAGUACCAGAGUUGCAGUACUAAACCUUAUUAUAAUUAUUAUGAAUAAUAUUGAUAUGUUAUAUUUAAUAUAUGGAAGUGUCCUCUUUACGCUUUGGUUCACAUGGCUGCUAGAUAUUUGAGUGUUUUAUUUUCACUACACUGAAAUGUCUUGCUCUCUGAACUUUUCAGGACGAUUAUUUGAACCUGUCCUUAAGUUAUCUCCCAGUACUUAAUGUAUCUAGUAUCCCUGGACCCCUAAUAUUUUGGUAGAGGUGCAACUUGGGUGUUUUGUUCGUCACUUACGUUGACGAUGUGAUGUACUCCUGUCCGCACUUAAUCUAGAGAAGAUAUUUUAGUAGUCAGAGAUCCACUACUGUUUAUUUGUUCAAGCAAAGUUUGUAUUUUUCUACAUGCCUGUCAUUUCUACUUGUUCAUUAAAUGUCACUUGUCGUACCUGA